UACGUCAGUGUACUGUGGCGUGCUUGUAUUACGCGCGAAAUUUGUCCUCACAGAGCAAUAAGAGAAAAUCAGAUGGAGUGUGAAGAAGCAUCGAAAUAAUACAGAGAUUUGGAACUCUUACGUCAUAUAAAAAGAGGACGGAAUUUAUCAUUGUUCGCGAUAAAAGUUAGUUCUUAAAAUGUUUUUGUAUUCCUUAUUUUAGGAGUACUUUUUCUCGUAAUUGGUGGUAUGUGCUGUCUUUCACAUAGAGAGGCGAUCUGAAGGUUUGCGACUUGGCGGGGUUCAGUUGUUGGAAGUACAGAAACAGUAACAGGAAAAAAAAACAGGAAAUCUCAAUUGCUCGUCACACCAGCUUUGCGCGGGUAAAGUACGCUUUAAUUCGGGGUUGAUUUGUAGUUUACAGACGGUGAAGACUUACAUGCUUCACACCGAGGGAAGUUGGCGAAGCUGGAUACCUUGUUUUAGAAAAUAAACUGAAGUAGCAUCGAAAGCGACCAUGUCUGAACACGCAGGCUACUCUCCGAGCUUCAAGAGACCUGCAGACACUCUGCGGUUGCGGAGGCAGCGACAGCGCUCCCGCAGCGAAGUGUUGACCUCUGGCGGCUGCAGCUCCGGGGCCAGUCCGGGGGGUGCGCUUUCCGGGAUCAGGCCCUUCUCUCCGGGACCCCUUCUGGGCUCCGCGGUGCGCACGGGUGGCCAAAAGCGCAGGAACCCCUUCGCUAGCAUCGAGAACACGUACAACAGCCCGAAAAAGAGGGCUGUGGAGGACUGCCAGGGGGGGGACGGACCGGCGGGGUGCAAGCCCCCUGUGGAGGCCGAGGGAGAGAACGGUCCACAGGGACUGAGCGUCUUGGAACGCGGCCUCUGCACACGGCGUGUUCUUGCAGAGACGCACAGCCGAGAACCCUUCAAGGUGGAACUUUCUCUUCCAGAAGAUGAUUCCCUUUUGGAGAGAGAGCUGUUUUCAAAACAGACAGCUCGUCCUCACAUUUACUUGGACUCUGAGGUCCCAGCUGUGACCGCGGCCGCAUCCGACACUCCCUGCACUCAGUUCCCUCCAGAUUGGAGCCUCAAGACGCGUCUCCUCUUCACCUCCCCUCGCCCCUUUGCCUGGGCAGAGAACCUCAAAGCACAGGAGGAGGCCCAGGGAUUGGUCCAGCAUUGCCGUGCCACCCAUGCCAACCUGCUGUCCCACAAUCAGGAACUGCAGAACAGCCCAGAUUUGCGCUGUGCCUUCCAGCAGAGCCUGGUGUACUGGCAGCACCCUUCCCUGCCCUGGCUGCCCCUCUUCCCUCGGAUUGGUGCUGAGCGCAAGCUGUCUGGGAAGAGCGCUCCCUGGGCCCAAGACGAAGCACUGCAGCAGAGCCUGAUGAGUGAGUGGUGUGUGAGCGUCACGUCCUUGUACAGCCUGCUCCGGGCUCGGCUGUGUCCUUAUUUCUACCUGUGCAGUUACCAAUUCACUGUGCUGUUCAGAGCAGCCGGGCUCAGCGGCACACGCAGCAUCACAGCGCUGCUGUCCCCCACCACGCUCGGGCUCCGUGAAGCCAUGAGGAGCGAGGGGAUAGAAUUCAUGCUGCCCCUGGUGGAGGAGAAGAGAAAAUGCAGGGGCCCUGGUUCCACUGGGCAGGAAGCUGAGCCAGAACCUGAUGGUUCAGGAGCAGAGCCUGGAGAGGAAGAGCACAGUGCAGGGGCCCCUGAAGAUAGUGGAGAAGAUGUGGAUGAAGAUGACGAUGGAGUAUUCUCAUGGCUGGAGGAGAUGGGGGUCCAGGAUAAGAUAAAGAAACCUAAUUCAGCCUUCAUUAAGCUCCGAAAAGAGCACAGUGAGGCACGUCUGGACCACAAGCCUGAAUCAGUGGUGCUGGUGGAGGGACCCAGCACCUUCAUCCUGCUCAAUUUCCUCAUCAAUUGCAAGAGUCUGACUGCAGUUGCGGGACCACAGGCUGGUCUGCCUCCCACCCUCUUGGCUCCUGUUGCUUUCAGAGGGGCCACCCUACGCACUCUUAAGGCACGCAGUGUGAAUGUGAAGACCCAGGUGCGGAAUGGCUUCCAGGACCUGCACAGUUUGGAGAUCACAGGCCCGGUGAUGCCCCAUGCUCUCCAUGCACUCACCCUCCUGUUACGUCAGACCCAGCAGGGCUCUUUCUCGGCAGGACUGUACACUCACGAACCUACUGCCGUCCUCAACACUGCACCUUGCCCCCUGGGUGAGCCCAUGCAGGAUGGUGUGGCACAGGGCCUGGAAGGUUGCGGGCUGCACCCUGACACUGUGCAACAGCUAACGGGACCUGCCACGCUAGGCAAGAACGCUCUCCGGCAGCUGCAGAUGAAGGACUAUCGCUACAUGUGGAAAUCCUGAGACUCACCCUGUAGCAUACGCAUAGUGCCACAGACCGUUCUCUCUCUGAUCCCAUUUACUGCUACCACUCUGUCCCUUCUUUGAUGUUUUGACCCCUUGUGGGGCUGGCUGGCUGGGUCAGUCUUUUUGCUCUGGGACAUGUGAGGAAUCUCUUCUCAUCUUUCCUGUUGAGAUACUGCUAGGUAGCAUUACGUGGAGGUUCCACUAUGAUAAACUGGGUAAUGGCAAUCUGUCCUAACUAUUAUGGACUUUCUGAAACCUAAACGGCCUAAACAUGACGGUCAGCUAAUUACUGGUCCUUACUGGUCAGUUGCUGGUCUUCGGUACAAACCUGUUAGAUGGCAGUUACAUUGGAUGCAAAUGAAUAUAUGAAUAAUGUGGCUGUGCUGAAGGAAUCAGGGGAGAACUGGUAUUUACCCGUCACUAGCCAUCUACAGGAAAACCUUUCAUGACAUGUGAGAAAUGACCUCAAUUCAUUUCAGUGAAAACCUUUCCCCCAGUUAGUCCUUGAUGAUGUAAGUGCUGUCCAGCAGGAGGGGGUGUUAAAUUAUCCAGAUGGCAGGAAUGCAAGCGCAUAGCUGGACUCCUGCAACAGAUUCUCAUCUGUGCAGGGUUGUCCCAGCUGCUCCUUGGGAGAACAGUAUUCUCAGGAAUCUGAAGUCUUGCUAACUCAAAUGAACUUAACGAGUGGAGAAUUUAAGGUUACUUGUAAAUUUCAAGAUUUUAAACUUAAGAUGUUAAUGAAAACCUAAACUCUAAAACUACAAUUCAAUGUGGAUUUAUUUUUAAAGUGACAUAGGAAGGUUAGGAUUGUAGAAAAAUGCAUACGAACUUACAGGUGUAUGAAUAUAACGAUGACAGCUGAUUGAAAUAAGAUCCUCACUAAGCUGUCCAAAGUCAAGUAUCAGUUUGUAAAAUUGAAGAAUGAUCUGUACUAAGUAAUGAUAUCAUGGUGCUUGGUCUUAUUUAAUUUAUGGUACUGUCCAAGAUUAGUAAUAAUCAAGGCUUAUGAAUAUAUAGGUAUAUUUGAAUUUGUUGCCUUUUGUCUGUACUGUUUUGAAUAUUAAUAAAAUG